AUGGGUAAGAUGUUUAAAAGAUCAAUAUCUAUUAUUUCAUCAUCAUUAUCAUCAUCAUCAACACUCAAGAGAUCAUAUUCAUCAUUUAAAAUGUCAACAACAACAGAGUCAAGCACCCCAAACACGACUACCACUACUAUCACCAUCAGAGGUAAACCAGUUACUGUAUCAGUUGUACCAUCAUUUGAAGUACCUGUUGAAACUGCAAGAGAUGCACCAAACUUUGUAAAAUGGGUAAAAAGAGUUGAAGCAGAAGAACAAUUAUUGGUAAAGAAUGUAUUGUUUCAAUCUGUAGAUAUGUUUGGCAAGAAUGUAGGUUUCCUCAAGUUCAAAGCAGAGGUUGUAGCUCUACCAGAAAACAGACCAGUCCCAGGCAUUGUCUUUUGUCGUGGUGGAUCAGUUGCUAUUCUUGUCAUCCUCAAGUCAAAAGAAAGCAACAAAGAGUACAGUUUAUUAACUGUCCAAACUCGUGUUCCUGUUGGAAAGUUUAGCUAUAGUGAAAUUCCUGCCGGUAUGUUGGAUGGUUCCGGUCACUUUGUUGGUGUUGCUGCCAAGGAAAUGAAGGAAGAGACAGGACUUGAAGUAAGUGAAGAAAAGUUGAUUGAUUUGACACAAUUGGCAUAUGGCAAUGAAGUUGAAGGAAUGUACCCCAGUCCAGGUGGAUGUGAUGAGUUUAUCAGAUUAUUCUUGUUUAGAGAGACACUUGAACAAGCCAAGAUCGAUGAGUUAAAGAACAAGCUCACUGGAUGUCUCUCGGAGAAUGAAUCGAUCACUCUCAACGUCGUACCAUUGGAAGAUCUAUGGAAGACCAGUCCAGAUGGAAAAACUCUUUCAGCCUUAUACUUGUAUGAAAAGUUAAAGAUUGGUUAUUCCAAUGGUCAACCAAAUUAUCCAAAUGUUGCCAACUCUUAUCUUGGAGUGGGUGAUACUGGAAUCUCUCAUUAUCCAUCAUACUUGGGUUUAAAGAUGCAUAUCCGAUGCUAUGCCAAUGUUACACCAGCCAAUGCUGCUGGUCCCAUUGUCUUGUUUGACGCUGGUCUACCAUUCUUUUCAACUGCAUGGGUGUCUAUUAUUCCAGGUGUUUUACAAAACAUGGUCUCUUGGAAUAUUAGUAGAGCUUGCUUUAUGGAUCGUUAUGGGUACGGGUUCUCCGACCCCUCCAUAUUCCCUAUCCUUACCCAAGACUAUGUCAUUCGUCUUCGCGGGUCUCUCCAAGCAGCCAACCUUGUCGGAAAAUACAUCUUGGUUGGAUGGUCUUGGGGCUCUAUUUUCUGUCAAGUCUACUCACUCACAUUUCCCAAAGAUGUGGUUGGUAUAAUGACAAUAGACGGCACUGAUUCAAGAUGGGGACUCAUUCCAGCCAAUCAACAAGCAAUCAUUGGAUACACAAAUACCUACAGUAACUUUCAAGAUGAACUAUCAGAGGGUACCCUAGGACCAAUUGCUAAUGCAGGAGGUAUCGACAUAUCCUAUGGAUUCUUCCCAAAUAUAUCGAUCAAUUCUGGAUACACUCAAUGUACGAUUGAAGCAUCUCAAAAGAUAUGGUUGACCAAUAAAUACCUAAGAACAGCGAUUCAAGAGUUUAAUAUCAUGGUUGUAUCGAGUGCACUACUCAAUUUUACCUAUGCCAUCAAACCAGCCAAACCACUCAAAGAUCUUCCCUAUGUCAAUAUUUACCAAGACAAUGGUGGAGCUGAUUGGACAAGUCGUCAAAUAUUCAUGGCCUCUCUAUCAACCAACUCGAUUGCCAUCGCAACACCCUCAUCACACUUUUUCCCAUUCACAAAUCCCAGUUCCAUUAUUUCCUCUCUCUCACUUCUUGCCUCUAAAAUUGCUACUAAUCCUGGUAUCCAAUGGAGAAAUCAAUAA